CUGCAACUUAUGCACUUUGAGGACAUGGACCCAGGAAACCUCCCCCCAGCUCUAAAAUUCUCCAACUUACCAUGGGUACAGUAAUCGACGCGCAUUCGUUAUCCCUCAUCUCUCUGUGAGCCUGCGUGUUCCAACCGCAGGCUUCAGACCUUCUGAGACAAAGUGAACCCUUUCUGUGACAUCUCUCCACAAAACGCCGGAGCCCGAGUGAUCUGGGGCUAUCUUUGCACUGUUUCCGCUCCUUUCCCCACCCGCACACGACUAUUGUCGUCAUCUCUCCUUCCAAUGCCCUCAGAGUCUCGACGGCCGUACCAAGCACUUACUUUGAAUUGGCAAGCCACCUUCUCCGACCCGCGAUCGGAAGCUCGGGACCUUGGGCCGACCGUUGAAAGCGCCUGGUCACCCCUCGAUUCUCCGCAGUGGCGUCGAUGGGCGUUAUUCGUACGGGCGCGCGAGAUCGUAAUUUUGAAUGCGGACCUGCUCUUAGUCGUAGCUGCCCAAGCAGCGUUCUCGGUCGUGAAUGUUGCAGUCAAGAAGUUGCAGAGUCUAGAACGGGAGCCGGUCUCGACCUUGCAGUUGAUCGUGGUUCGAAUGGCGAUAACCUAUGCUUGCAGCAUUGGAUACAUGUAUGUCGCAUACCCUCCCUUGGAAAACACGCCGCCAACUCCCUACCAGGCUAGCGCGAAGGGUACCUCAUCCCUUCUAGGACCUGAGGGCGUUCGGCUUCUUCUCGUUUUCCGUGGUGUGACGGGGUUUAUCGGGCUCAAUGGAACCUAUUUUGCGCUGCAAUAUCUCUCGCUGUCGGACGUGACUGUGCUGAGCUUCCUUGUGCCUAUGACCACGGCUCUCAGUGCCAGCAUUUUUCUGGGAGAGGCGUUUUCGCGCAAGGAGGCUUUAGCCGGCUUAUGCAGUCUGUUUGGCGUCGUGCUCAUUGCAAGACCGGAUUUCUUGUUCGGACCCUCGACAAGCUCCACACCAAUAGAAGAGAGGAACCGAAUGAUGGCCAUCGGGAUUGCAUUGGCGGGGGUGGUUGGGUCUACGGGAGCCAUGACCACCAUCAGAGCGAUCGGGCACCGGGCCCAUCCGAUUCAUCUUCUGUCGUUCUUCUCUUUGCAGUCUGUUAUCGCUGCUUCCAUAUUAAUGGUUUUCCAGCACGAACCCGUCGUGAUCCCGACUCGUCCAGCUUGGCUCGGUCUUCUGGCGGUCAUCGGGGUCCUCGGCUUCCUCGCGCAAGUUCUGUUGACGAUGGGCUACCAACGAGAAACGGCCGGGAGGGCAGGGAUGGCCUUAUACACACAAAUUAUAUUUGCCUCCGUCCUAGAGCGCGUGUUCUUCGGCACAUCGCCCACAUUCCUCUCAAUGCUGGGCACCUCGAUCAUUAUGUCGUCGGCCAUCUUCGUUGCUUUAUCUGUGCCAAAGCACAUUGCCGAAAAAUCGGACCCUGCCAUGUCGCUCGAGGAAGGCCACGCUUUGCUGGCAAAAGAUCCAUCGGCCUCGUUCGAGAGUAUCCGCUCCACCUUAGACACCGAAGCUAUUAGUCCGUCAUAGCCAUAAUUAGGCAAGUGAAUCCGAGUACAAUAUAGAUAUAUAUACAUCGCAUGCGUUUCAG